CUUUAUUUUUACCAUUACGGUCAAACAUGGCAGCUUACUUGACACUCAUGCGCUUGCUAUAGCUAGAACGUUCUCGCGCUUACAUGUGUCUUCUGGUUUAAAGAGGCGUCAACCUUCAGGGUCGUUAAAAAGGGUCCGUGUUUUUUCAGAAUCAUUUCAUGAGACUUUGAAGCGACAUGACGGAAGAGAGACAAAAUCGAAGAUAUCCCCAGAAUCUUCAGGGAGUCCUGCAGUUGGCUAUCGACGCUGGCUCCGGUGCAGAGGGGCCUCCGUCUGUAGAACCCAUUUCAGAAGAGAGGAGCGCAUGGCUGAGGGAGGCUCUCGCAGACGUCUGCAAAGGACAGAUGGAUGAAGUGGAGCAGAUGAAGCAGUGCUUGGCUGUCUUGAACAAAGAGGAGGUGAACGGCGAGGGCGAUAGGGAUGACGAAGACGAAGAUGAGCGAGAAGUAGCCUUUGAGUUGCUGUCAGAUUUAUGUGAAAAUCUUGACAAUGCCAGAGACCUGAUGGUUCUGGGAGGCCUGGAUGUCUGCGUCUCCAAAUAUUUGUGUCAUGCCCAAAGUAGGUUGAGGUGGAGCGCUGCUCAGCUGAUUGCUACCUGUGCCCAGAACAUGCCACAGGUGCAGGAUCACUUGCUAAAGCUAAAGGCUUUGCCAAAGCUUCUACAUUUGACAGACUCGGAUCCCCACCCCACAGUCAGAGUCAAGGCUCUUUAUGCAGUCUCAUGUCUGGUUCGAGAGCAAGACGCCGGGCUGGAGGCUUUUCUGUCCCUCGAUGGCUUCUCCGUACUGAUGAGAGGUAUGCAGUCAGAACACGAUAAGCUCCAGACCAAGUCAGCGUUCCUUCUGCUCAAUCUGCUGACGUCACAUCCUGAACAGAAAGACACCGUGGUCUCCAUGGGGAUGGUGCAGCAGCUGGUUUCUGUGCUGCGCGCUCCGCACUCACCUUUUCAUGAGCAUGUCCUCGGUGCCCUUUGUUGCCUGGUGGAAGACUGUGUGAAGGGGCUCGGAGAGUGUCGGGAUCCACCUCUCGGUCUCGAAGAGUUACUGCGGCUGCGAGCCAGAGAGCUCCAAGGCAAAGAGGAAAGUCAGGAAGAACUGGAAUUCUGUGAGCGCUUGAGGAUGGCUUGUUUUUGUGGACACCAGCCAGAUGACCACGGGAUGGACCGCUGACCUCCAAUGUGUUUUGUCAUCCAAUUUUAGUUUGCUCGCGGACAUUCAUCGUCAGGAUUCAUGACAUAAACAUGAAUGCGUUUGUCAUUUUCUGCAUGUCAUACAGCAUGUUAUAAAAUAACUUCAAGAGUCAGGUCAUACAUUGUAAUUAGUGUUUGUAAUUUAAAAAAAAAGGAAGUUUCAAACUGGCAAUCAAAAUCAGUACCUGUGUAAUCCUGUUUUUUUUUGUU